UUUUAAAGGAGUUGCAAAGCUGGAAAAUGCAGGGAAAUUGCUGCGGGUCGAGAUAAAGUCAUCAGCAUGGCAAACUGGAUUAUCAACAAUGGACUUACUGCCUUUAUAUUGGUGGUCUGGAUGGGCAUCAACAUCUUCCUCUUCGUCCGGUUUUACCUCCUGUACGAUUUGAACGAUGAAUACUAUUACACGCGUCAUCUUUUAGGGGCUGCCUUGCCCUGGGCCAGAGCUCCCGCUGCUGUCCUCAACUUUAACUGCUUGCUGAUCCUGCUGCCGGUGUGCAGAAACCUGCUGUCUCUGCUGCGCGGCUCCUUCGUGUGUUGCGGCAGAACAAUGAGGAAACAGCUGGACAAAAAUCUGAGUUUCCACAAGUUGGUGGCUUACAUGAUCGCUCUGAUGACAGCCGUUCAUUUAAUCGCCCACUUGUUGAACGUGGAGUGGUACAACAACAGCAGACGAGGAGUUUACGACAAACUCAGCACGGCUCUGUCCGACCUGGAAGACACAGACAACACCACCUACCUGAACCCAAUCCGCUCUUUAAAUGUCGAUGCCCAGCAGAGUCCGACCUACCUUGUCUUCACCACCAUCGCUGGCAUCACAGGCGUCAUCAUCACUCUGGCCCUCAUCCUCAUCAUCACCUCCUCCAUGGAGUUCAUCAGACGCAGCUACUUCGAGGUCUUCUGGUACACCCACCACCUCUUCAUCAUCUUCUUCAUUGGUCUCGUCUUCCAUGGAGCAGGACGCAUUGUGAGGAGCCAACAGGCAACAAUUCCUCCACACAACUUCACCUACUGUAAGGACCGCAGUGACCAGUGGGGCCAGAUUGCUGAGUGUCCCAUCCCGCAGUUUGCUGGAGGAUUUCCACAGACCUGGAUGUAUGUGAUCGGCCCCAUGAUUCUGUACAUUUGUGAACGUCUGCUGCGUUUUAUUCGCUAUAUGCAGACUGUCAGUUACAGAAAGAUCGUGAUGAGGCCGUCGAAGGUGCUGGAGCUGCAGCUGGUGAAGAACGGAUUCAAUAUGGAGGUGGGUCAGUAUGUCUUCCUCAACUGCCCGGCCAUCUCCCAGCUAGAGUGGCACCCGUUCACCAUGACUUCUGCCCCCGAGGAGGACUUCUUCAGCGUCCACAUCCGCUCGGCCGGGGACUGGACAGACAAACUCAUCAGCAUCAUGCAGCAGCUGCCAGAGGGAGCACAGGGACCAAAAAUGGGAGUGGACGGACCCUUCGGCACAGCCAGUGAGGAUGUAUUCGACUAUGAGGUCAGCAUGCUGGUCGGUGCCGGCAUUGGAGUCACUCCCUUUGCCUCCAUCCUCAAGUCUAUCUGGUAUAAGUUCAAAGACUCCAACCCUAAACUACGCACCAGAAAGAUAUACUUCUAUUGGCUCUGCCGGGAGACACAAGCCUUUGAAUGGUUCGCUGACCUUCUUCAGGUGCUGGAGAGGGAGAUGGAGGAGAGAGGAAUGGCUGAUUUCCUCACCUACAAACUCUUUCUGACCGGCUGGGAUCAAAGCCAUGCUCAUCAUGCGUGGGUUCACUUCGACGAGAACACAGAUGUGGUCACUGGGCUCAAACAGAAAACGCAAUAUGGCAGACCCGCCUGGGACAAGGAGUUUGAACAAGUCCGUAAAGAGAACCCCACGUCUGUGGUUGGCACUUUCUUAUGUGGCCCUGCUGCUCUGGCUAAAGUUUUGGAAAAGAAAUGUGCCAAAUACUCAGACGUGGAUCCUCGGAAGACUAAAUUUUACUUCAACAAGGAAAACUUCUGAGACAAAUUCGACAGCAAAGCCGAAAGUUUUUUUGUUGAUUUAUUUUUUAGUUUGGAGGACUCCCCUUGUUGGGGAAUUUCCUUCAUGCAGUAUCUUAGCACAAACACAAAGCAGCCUGACAGCCUGUGACUCGAGCUGGGUGUGUUUGGAAACACUUGACUAUAAUGCACUCAUUCAAAAGAAGACAAAACAAAAAAGCAUGACAUGUUGUUCUUCUAGCAUUGCUCAGGGACUUUCUUUCUUCAUUCAGAUUUUUCCGACUAUGAUGAAACCAUAAAUAAGCGUGAGCUGAUAAUUCACAAUGACUCAUGGUUUAAACGUGGAGUCACAGUGACGUUGCUAGAUUAGUUGUACUGUUAAUUUUAAUCUGUAUGUCUUGUGUAGCCUUUUUUUUUUAGUUCCUAAGACUUGAACAAGCUUUGAAAUAUUGUUACACAGAGAUCAGCAUCUCCAGGAGUUUGUGUCUAUAAUAAAUUUGUUGAUUUAACAUGAAAAAAUAAAUCCCAGCACUUUUUCUUUCUUUGUAUAUGCUGCAGUGAAAAGAUUGACCACAUUGUACUUCUAAAGACAGAUUCAACUAAAUAAAACAAAUGAAAUGAAAUCAGAACAGAACAGAUAUUUAAUAUUUUGUCUUAAAGACAAAUUUAUACUUUCUUACAGCAGCCCACCAAGGACUGCAACCGAGAGUGUUGCCAUUAUCACAUUUUUCUUUUUUUUCUUGAGAGAGAGAGGAGGAAUAUUUCAUCUUUGAGUAAAUGUUUUCCACAAAAGAAUGGACCAAAGACAAAAUGUGUUGUACUGUAAAUCACUGUUAUGUUGUUGAAUAUGUCAUGUAGUUUUGCAUUGACAUUUUUUUAGCUCCAAAAUUGUGAAAGUGUAAUCUUUGUCAGUUUUUUCCCCUGUGGCUUCAAUUGCUAAGAUAACAUGCUUCUUGGAAACCACCUGUGAUUUAUUGUUACCUUACAACAUCACCAUUACAAAAAGUGAUGAGGUCACGUAGGCAGAGGUUAAUCAUCUUCUCAAGGAGUGAAAGGACUUCUGGGUAUUAUUUUCUUCUGGUAUUUUUUUUUUUUACUUUUUUAAGCCCUUUUCUUGUAAAUAAUUCUAACCUCAUUUGAAUAAACAAAUCACUACAAUG